AUGAAUUAUUAAAUUAAGGGGAACUUUAACUAUCAUCUAGAAAUCUAAGCAUCAUAGUUAAAUGAAACAACCAAUAUUACCAUCAAUGCUUUCUCCUCUAAAAUCAAUCAAAUACCUUUAGGAUGCAAAUUUUAAUGGUUCAAAAAAUUAGAUAAUGAACGCAUCAAAAUUGACACUCAAGGCAAUAUAUAUCCUUGUACUAUAUUUGAUAUUGGUUAUAAAAUUGAAGCUAUCGUACAGCCUUUUGAAUCAGGCUAUGAAGGAUAGGCUACCAUUGAAUUCCAAAAAAUUCAAAUUUCUACCUCAUUAGAGAAUAAACUCUCCUAAUUAUAUCAUAAUAAUAUGAAGUAUCUUUAGAGCUAAUUAUGUUAGAUAACAAAUUAAUUGUAACGAUUAAAAUUGGAUAUUUUCAUUAGACUUUUUAGAAAAUAGUACAACAUAACUAAAAAUUUAAUAUGCAGAUCAAUGCAUUCUUCCUCAUUAGAAUUAACUUCAAGUUCAAUUCAACAAUCAAAUCAUGAAAUUUAAAACUAAAGAUGACAAAGGUAUCAACCAAGUAAAUAUUUAGAUGCGUUUUGUGCAUUUUUCAUUUCAAUGUAAUCAUUGAAAAGAGUACAUUUGAAAUUUAUAGCUUACAAUAUAGGGAAAUUAAAUUAGAAGUAAAUCAAUUUUUAAUCAUUGCUCAAUUCUCAAUUAGUGUAAUUAAUAAAUGAGAAAUCAGUUAUGGCAAUUAAGAAAUUUGAGCCAAUUCAAUCUAAUUUAAUGAUGGCCAGCAGUUAAGACUUAAGAACAAACAAUCAAAUUUAAAUAAACCAAUUAAAAUAAGAAGUUGUUCAAUUAUAAAAUGAAAAGUAAAAACUUCAGCAAUAAAUUGAUAAGUUAAAUAAAGAUAAUAAAGAUUUAGGUAAUAAAUAGUAUAUUUAUAUCGAUAGAAAUGAAUAACAGAUCUAAUUUUGGAUCUAAAGACUAAUUAGACAGUAUGGAUCGAUUAAUUCAAUCAUUAAAAAAUGAAGUCUAUUAAUUAAAAUAGAGAGAAAAUGAUUUAAUGAAUCAGAAUGCUAGGUUGACAAUGGCUUUGAAUGAAAAGAAUGAUAAAUGUGAAAAAUCACUAUCAUAAUCUUAAUUCUUAGAUGAUUUGAAGGUUAAACAAUAUUAAGAGAUGCUUUAAGAAUGCAAUAAUGAGAAAUUUAAAUUAUAAGAUGAGCUCAAUAAAUAUUAAAAGUUUGGUAUAUCUUCAAGAACAAGUUAAAAUAAUGAUUAAGAGAGGGAAAAGUUGUUAUUGAUUAAUUAAAAAUUGAUGUAAGAAAUAGCUACAUCUACAAAUAAAAUAAAGGAAUUAUAAUUAGAAUUAGAAAUGAUGAAAAAUAUGAGUAGAAUAAGCAUGUCUAUGUCAAUGAUGGAGGAUCCUGUUAUGAAAACUAAAAUUGAGUAAUUAGAAUAGGAGAAUUAAUAUUUAUAAAAGAAAAUAUCAAUAUUAGAAGAAGAGUUAUCUAAGAAAAAAUAGCCAAAAUUAUAAAAAUAACAACCAGAUAAAGAUUUGCAAAUAUAAAAAUUAACUGAGGCUAAUAAACGUUAUUUAGAAGAAAAUUUAAAACUAUUUGAAGAAAUCAGAUAAUUAAGAGAGAAGUUUGAUUAUUCAUCUGUUUUAAAUGCAUCAAUGAAAGAUUCAUAAAUUCAAGAAAAUGUUGUAAAUAAUUAAUUGGAAUAAUAAAUUGAAAGAAUGUAAUAGAUACAUAAUUUGGAAAUUUAAAAAAUGAAAAAGAAAAUAGAAAAAUUAACUACUGAAUUAUAAGAUGCCAAUCAAAAUAAAAAAUAAUUUGAUUAAUUAAUUAAAUAAAAUAAGAGAUUAGUUGAAGAGAAUACACAUUUGGCUGAACAAAUAAAAAAUUUAGCAGAUAUAAAUUCAUCUAAAUCUUUUUCUGAAAAUUUGUUUAAUUCUAAAAUAUUUAAUAAUGAUUAAUAUAAAGAAUUAGAAUAAUAGUUGAGUAUUUUAAAAAGAAAGAAUGAAGAAAUUCAAUCUAAAUUAGAAUUUCAGAUGUAAAGAGAUGCUUAAUAAUUGGAUAAAAUAAAAUUGUAAGAGUAAGAAAUUAUAAAAUAUAAAAAUUAAAUUCGAGAUAUUGAAUAUAAUUAUUAAGAUAAUAAUGAAAUAAAACUCCUUAAAAAUUAAAUUGAUGAUUAUUAAAAGACCAAAGAUAAUUUGAUGAGAGAAAAUAUCCAAUUAAGAGAUGAUUAUUAAGCAUUAUUAUAAGAUAAGGAAUACUUAAAUGGAAAAAUUAAAUAAUUGGAAAAUUCUAUUUUUGAAUUAAAGUAAAAAUAGUUGUAAUUACAGGAAGAGAAUCGUACUCUUAAAUUGUUUCCUUAAAGUGCUGAAAGAUAAUUUAGCAUUCAAAUAUAACAAUUAUAAUCAUAAAAUAAAAAUUUAACUGAAGAAAUAGUAAGAUUACAAACACAACAUAAUGUAUUUAAAGAUUUGAAUCAAAGUAAUCUAUCUAUUAGUGAAAGUGUGUUAGGAUCAAAAGUCUAUGAAGCAAAAGAGUAUAAAUUAUUAGAAAAUUAGAAAGAACUUCUUGUAAAUGAAAAUCAAUAAUUAAAAUUAGAAAUUAGAUAAGAGCAAUAGAAAGGUGAAGAUUAAAUUAAGUUUUAAGAGUAAAUUUAAUCUUUAUAAAAAGAGAAAGAUUUUUUAAAUUAAUAAUUGAUAUCAAAUUAAGAAUAGCAUUCAAGAUAAUUAAUAUUAUUAUAAAAUGAAAUAAAUAAGUUAAAUUAAUAAAUAUAAAAUAUUUCAUUAAAUGAAAGUAGAAAUAAGAUUACUUUUAAAGAUAAUAAAUUUGAUGAUCAUAUUUCUUAAAAAUAAUAAGAAAUUUUUAAAUUAGAAAAUGAAAAUAGACAGUUAAAUUAAUAGAUUUAAAAGAUUUAAUAAUAAUAUGAUACAGAAGUUAGAAGAUUUUAAACUUAGUUAUCUGAUCUUUAACUUGAAAAUAGUAAAUUAACAAGAGAAACUGUUUUUUCUAAAUAGGUUUCUGAGUAAGUGAUAAUGAAUUCGUCUGAAAAAAAAUUAAAUUAAAAUUAGGAAAAUGAAAUUACUUAAUUGAAAAAUUAAUUAGCAGAAAAAACUCAUUAAUUAAAAGUUAUCUAAAACAACAGUCAAAAUAAUAUGGAAGAUUUAUAAUAAGUUAUUACUAAAUUAGGAUUAGAAAAUAAAAAUAUUAAUGAAGUUCAUAAUUCAAUAAAAUCUCGGUUUGAAACAUAAAUAAAUAAAUUAGUCGAUUAGUUAAAAGAUAAAGAUCUCCAAAUUAGUAGAUUAUCUGAAGAUAUAAGAAAAAAGGAUUUAAUAUAUUAAUAGAAAGAGGAAGAUUUGUUUAUGAAAUCUAAUUAAGUGGAAUAAUUAAUUUAAUAGAAUAAAAAACUUGCUUUAUAAUUGAAUAAUUUAAAUUUUGAAUUAUAAGAAUUAAAAAUGGCUACCAUGUCUCAUUCAUUUUCUUAAUCUCAUAUUGAUGUGAAAGAAAAUGAAAAUCAAGAAUUAUAAAUUGUAAUACAAACAUUAAGAAAUUAGAUUUAAAAUCUUGAACAUUCAUAAUAAUAACUAUUAUAUUCAUAAUAAUAAACAAUUUAGUAACAAGAAAAUUCUAAAUUGAUUAAAUUGGAAGAUGAAGUUGUUUAUUAUUAAAAAGAAAUGUAAUUAAUUAAAUCUAAAUUAUAAAUCACUAUGGAAGAUGCUGAAUUUUAUAAAAGAGAAUUUAUAUUAAGUUAAUAAUAAGUAGAAAAAAUGAAAAAAGAACAAGUUUAGAAAUAAAAUGAAAAACUAUCAGUUUUAGAAAAUGAAUUAGUUUAAAUUAAAGAAACAAAAUAAGAAUUGAUUUAAGAAAAUUCUGAAUUAUCUGAUAUUAUUUUAAAAUAACAAAAAUAAAUGGAUGAUUUAUAAUUAGAUUUAGAUGAUUAAAUUUAGAGCAAUAAAACAAUUACAAAAUUGAAAAUUUAAUUGUAAGUUGAAUUCGAUAGACUUUAAAGAGAAUAUUAAUUAUUAAAUGCUAAAAUGCAAGAUUUUUCUAAUCUCUAAUAAAAUGGAAAAGAUAAAGAAUUCAAUGAAUCUUUAAGAAAAUUGUAAUUAAUUGAAUAAGAAAAAACUAAAUUAAAUAUACAAUGUGAAUAAUAUCAAAAACUUGUUGAAAAUUUAAAAAGCAAUUAUGAAAUAUUAGAGAAGAAAAAAGAUGAGUUCGAAAUUAAAUUACAUACUAGUGAAUAAUAUAAAUAAGAAUUAUAAAUAUUACUUAAAGAAAAAGAGCAAUAAAUAAAAUAGUCUUAAUAGGACAAUUAGUAUUUGAGUAAGGAAUUUGAUAAUGAGUAGUAAAAAAAUAUAAGUUAAAAAAAGAAGAUUACAGAACUAACAGUAUAAAUUUCAAAUAAAGAAAAUGAAAUAUAGUAAUUGAAUAUCAAAGUUAAAAAUCUUGAAGAUUAAAUUUAGAAAAAAGAUCAAUAAAUAAAUAUUUUGAAUAAUUAAAUAAGUUAAUUAAAUUUGUAAAACAAUAAAUAUUAAAAUGAAAUUAUUCCUAAUUUAAAUUAAUAAUUGAAUAAAGAAUUUUUAGAGAAAAAUAAGUUACAUCAAUAAUUUGAAGAUUUACAAGAAUAAUUUGCUUAAAUGGAAUUAUAGAUUUUAAGUAUAAGUAGAGAAAAAUCACCAAUUAGAUCAAAGAAUAAUUCAUAGUGCAAACCUUUUGAUUCAGAAUUAAAUGAUAAAAUAGUAUAGUAAGAAUAAAUUAUAAAUUAAAAUAAUCAAAUGAUAGAGAAGUGUCAAGAAUAAAUAAAAAUAUUGACAUAAUAAAAUAAUGGAUUAUUACAGCAAAUUAACAAAUUAAAUGAUGAUUUAAAAGAAUUAUAGGACAAAUCAUUUUCUUUAGACAGAAGUUCAGAGACAUAUCUUAUAAAUAAAAGUUUCAAUUCAAAAUAUAAUACAGAGAAUGACUUAAUUUUAUAACAUCAUUAUUAAUCUUAAGAUUUAUAUGAAAGUGAUAGAAAAAGAUAAUCAUAAUAUUAAUAAUUUGAACAGACUUUAUAGGAAAGUGUUUAAGAAAAUAAAAGGUUAAAAUAAGAAAUAAAUUAAUUAAAAUAAGUAAUUUAAAAAUAAAAAGAAGAAUAUGAAGAGUAAAUUUAAUAAAUAUCUAACUCAGAUUAUUUUUAAAUAAAUCAAUUAAAUACAAAAUUAGAGAGGAUGAUUUAAUAGGAUGAAAGAACUUGUACAGUUCCAUUUUAAAAUCAAUCUUAAAGAAAUGAAUACUAAUAAUAAAUUGAGAAAUUAGAAGAAGAGCUAAUGAUGAAACAAGGUUUAGAAUAAUAAAAUUAAAGAUUAAAUAAUGAGAUAAGAUUAUAAAUAACAAAAAAUAUAGAUUUGUAAUAGCAGAUGGAAGAAUUAUAAGAAUAAAAUUAGUAAUUUAAAAAGCAAAUUUAAGAAUAAGAUGAAAUAAUAAAGAAUUUAAAAAUGAUAAAAUAAUUAAGCAAAGAUUCACUAGAGAAUUAAAAUGAGAAAGAAAUUAAUUAGCGUAUAUAAUAAUAUUAAGAUGAGAUUUUUUUGCUCAAGGAGUAAAAUUAAAAAUAUGAAUAAUAAAUAUUAGAAAAUUAAAGUAAGAUUGAAAGUCUUGAAAAUGAGAUUCUAAGAAAAUCAUAAUAAAUAUCUAUAAAAGAAAGUUAAGUAAAUUAGAAUAAUAGAAAAAACAAGAAGUUAGAAGAAUAGAUAUAAAUGUUAUAGGAUUAAUUAAAAGGAGAUGGCAAUUAGUUAACAUAAAAUAAAGAAGAAUUCAUAAUUUAGUUAUAAAAUGAAUUAGAAUAAAAUAGAGUUGAAAUUUUAGAAUAGCAAAAAUUAAGUAAAUCUUAAAUUAAAUAUAGUAAAAUAAUUAGAAGAAUAGGUUGAUAGAUUAACAAAAAGUAAUUCAGCUUUAAUGGAAGAGAAUUGUAGACUUAAUGAUUAAGUGAAAGAGAAUUUAAAUGUAAGUUACUUUAGUAAUGAUUCACAAAAUCAAUGA